UUAAAUUAGUUUUAGUUCUGAAAAUUAUUGUCUUUAGAUCUAACCCAGCUUCCCCUCCACCUUAUUCAAAUUCAAUCUCUCCUUUUCCUUUCUCAGCUAUCAUCAUAUCUGGUCAAAACCAGAGAAUUGCAAUAUAAAUUCCAUAUUCUAGCAACGAAAUUAAUUUCAUAUCUGAUGUUGAAGUUCAAAUUCCUAUGCCUUUGGUAUGCCAGUGUUCCUUAGUUUAACAUGUCUCUGGACGUCAAUGUAUACCCAUUUUUAUCAAUUUAUUGUUAAUCUUCGUGAGAUGCACAGAUAUGAGGGAAAUGUUGACAACUCCGGUGCUGGAGCUAACGAAAACAUCCAUGUUCAUGUUCAGCACUCCAGGACCCCGAGCUUGGCCAGAUUUGCCUAUGCCAAUACUAAACAAUGCCUUCCCUUCUAUAGGAACAAAUUUUCAACCAUUUAUCAACACAGGUUAUUCAGCUUCAAGGUGAUCAAAGGAAGAACGUGUCCCCAUUCCUUGUUCAGGUAAUUGAGAUUCUUCUGAGGCAUAUUGGAUUCUGUUCGAGUUUAUGGUAUAUGUAUAUAAGGUUCCUGAAUUCCAUGUUGUUGGGGGUUCUGUAAACGGGCUGGGAUUGCAAAGAAGGAAUACAUUAAGAUUCAUGGGUUGUAAGCUGGCAAAGAUAGGUGUAGCAGUUUAAUGAUCUUCACAAGGCUCCAAUUUACUGCUACUGCUACAUCUAAUUGAUGUACACUUCUGGUAUACAGUGUUUCUUUCUCAUGUACUUUCUCAUUUACUAGUACCAACACCAACAUCUGUUGAAUUAUGUCUGCAAUCUUGUUUGAGCUGUGUGAUUUUUCUCUCCAUGUAAAACUACUUUAAGUCUAGGCAGCGUUUUGAUGGGGUUUAUGCUACCUUUCUGAUUUCUCCUCUGUAAGUUUUGAAGAUGAUGAAUUAUUACUACAAUGUCUUGACUCUUGAAUCUUCUCUGUAAUUUCAUCCUAUCUGUUCUACUACUGUUGAAGGCUAGUGUGUCUGAUUCUGAUAUCAAACAUUAAAUGUCCGAUUGUGGU